CUGAGGCGAGUGUACUACACAUCGAGACAGGCAGCAGUGCUUGAAUCCUAGACAUUAAUAAUGCUUUAUCAUUAUCCACAGGGUUGCGAUAAACGACACUCUAUCGUCAAUCGCAACCCUGUGGAUCCUUGCGAUCCCGAUCUCGUGACGGACCUCUGACCGAACGAAAUGAUCGAGCUGUAUAUCGACGAGGAAAGCAAGAAUCCAAUAUCUUAGCGGUGCUCAAAGAUUGUGUACUUCUGCUGGCAUCUGAAGGUCGGAUACACCAGAGAAUCUCGUAAUGAAUCUGAUUUCGGGUCCAGGUAUGCAGAACAUAGUGACCGUAAACGCAUGCCCUUGGAGGUCUCAACGCAAGAAAUUUGUAACGGCGCAAGUGGUCACUCGCCCAAAGCACCACUCGAGGAUCAACGGACAGGAGUCCCUCUGCAGCAACGGGAACACCAACAGCCAUCUCAAUCGCCCAAGGAAUCCAUCGACAGAUCCAACUCGCAGAACCAGACGAUCCACCACAAUCGGCUCACGGACUUGGAGGCCAGUCCGCAGGCUUGGCAGAUUUUCUGGCAGGACCUGCGCAUCAAUGCAUCGAUAGACCCGCAGAGCCAGGAGGAUCCUGUAGGACACGGAAAAUGUAAUUUUAUUUUGGUGUAA